UUUUAUCAAUUCAAAACAAAAAAAAAAAAAAAUCAUUUUUUCAACGCAUACAGUUCUUUCCCUUUUUAAUUUUUUUUUUUAACAUAGAUCCGAAUUUUUUUCCUUUUUACACUAUAUUCUUCUUCUCGAUAGAAACUUUUUUUUUUUUUACUUACAACCUAUACUUUUAUUCAUAAACAAUGCAAGACCCUCGAGUGCUAACGUAUAUGGAACGUCACGAAUUAAAUACUUUGUUUCCAGAGCUUGAAGGUGCGCUGCUUCGUUACCAACCUUCAGAUCCUUACGAAUUCGUUGUCGGUUGUGUCCGAUCUGUUCAACAAAAGAAGAGGGAGUCGAAAGAGUCGCUACUGUACUCGGUAAAAAUGGAGAUCAGAACUCCGCCCUACUUUUCUACACAUCCUUCGGGGCCAAACUUUGAUCAGUAUGUAUCUCAUCAACAAACUGACGAAAACCCGGUUCAUCAACGGCGCACCACCUUACCUCCAUCUCCGCCGAGUAAUCAUCCCUUGCAUAUCAUGCGUAACAAUCAAACCCGUGUCAUAACCCCUAGAAAAGGACGCCGAAUGUCCGUAAGCGCCGAAUCGAUGAGACCAUCAGAAAAUGUCGAUGAACGUACAAUUAUAUAUAAAUCCGACGAAGCUAAAAAGCGGAUUGAUGAAGCUACUACCCUCAACUUGUUGUUCAAAAAUCUCGAUCGCGAAACAAAACAGCACGUUGUUGAUGCAAUGUUCGAAAAAUCCGUAGUGGCGAAUGAAAUUGUGAUUAAACAAGGAGACGAAGGCGAUUAUUUUUACGUUAUCGAACAUGGUUUAUUCGAAAUCUUUGUCAAUGGCCAAUUAGUUCUAGAAAUCGGUGAUGGUGGAAGUUUUGGAGAACUCGCGUUAAUGUACAACACACCACGUGCUGCAACCGUAAGAGCAAAGACGAAUGGAACAUUAUGGGCCGUUGGCAGAGAAACAUUUUUACGUACCAUUACCAAUUCUGUAUAUCGAAAACGCAAAGCUUAUGAAGACUUUUUAAGAUCCGUUUCAUUCCUUUCGACUUUAGACAGGUCCGAAAUCACGAAAUUAGCCGAUGCCUUGGAACCUAACAACUAUGAUGAUGGUGAUACUAUCAUAAGUCAGGGUGAACCUGGUGAACACUUUUAUAUUAUCGAACAAGGCACAGUUAGCAUCAGUAAGAUUAGUGAUACAGGUAUUGAACAACAAUUGCCAAGCCUUAAUGUUGGCUCUUAUUUUGGAGAGCUCGCACUCAUAAAUGAUCAACCACGCAAAGCAACUGUUGUUGCAAGAGGUUCUGUACGUGUAGCAGCUCUCAGAAGAGAUGCUUUCGUUCGUCUAUUAGGACCUGUUAUGGAUAUUUUCCGAAGAAAUGCUGCAGAAUAUAAUUUGCAACAAGGUCGACCACAGGAAUCUAGUGAUAAUCACGUGUCAUCACAAAUUAAUGGUGAUGAAAGCAUGGCUGUUGAUAUUGAGGACGAAUAUCCGCGUAGGAGAAGCGGGUACAGUGGAGCCGGUGGUGUAGAUGUAUUGUAAUAAACCUUACAAAAUCUAACAACCAUAUUGGGAUAUCUGGUUUUGGAAAUGAUUGCGGGAUUAUAAUUUUAUGAUUAUCUUAUUUUAAGAUCAAAAAAAAAAAAAAAAAAAAAAA